AUUGAAGCAUGGAGGAAUUCCUCCAUGAUUGAAGCACCAUGAACGGUGCCCUUGUCUUUCGGACUUUUUCCUCGACUUUUUCCAAGUUUGAGAAUCGCUAGUGCCAGAGCUCUAGUCCGCUGUUACUCAUGGCUGGGGCAGGUAAUCCUUCAAGCAGCUGUCCUGAUGUGGUGGUUGUAGGUGCUGGCAUAGGAGGUGCAUCUUGUGCCUACUAUCUCAGGAAGGAAUUGCCAGGAGUAACCGUUACAGUGAUGGAAGCACAAGAUAGAAUUGGGGGACGGAUCCAUGAUGUGACAUUUUGGGGACAGACUGUCAAUGUGGGUGCAGCAGCAUUCAAUGCAGAGCAGAGAAACAUUGCUGCAUUGGUCAAAGAGUUGAAUUUGAAGACUCACUGCUUCAAAAGUAGCGGUGACUAUCCCAACAAUUAUGCCUGGGAUGGUCAAGAAAUCGUUCGGAUGAGUGCUUUCAUGGCUGACCAACCUGCAGCUACUGCUCAACUGCAGCACUGCUUGAAGGAGUUCCUCUCAACCAUGGAGCGCACCUACCAGGAAUAUGACCAGGGAACCUUCAGCUCAGUCAGUGAAUUCCUAUCAGCAGGAGGUUUAGAGUGCUACAACUUAGCUUCAGUCAGUACGUUCUUCCGUAACAUGCCCGUCAGUGAAACAGUCCAAAAAAAUGCUAUAGAGACCAUGAUGAGAGAAUUCUUUGGCCAGGGAUUAGAAUCAAGUGCAGUUUUGGCGAUGGUUUGUGUGGCUGCAAUUUAUCAAGAUGCUUAUAAAACCGAGGGUGGCAUGAGCACACUAGUGAGGGCACUGAUCAACUCAUCCAGAUGCAACCUCCAUCUCAACUCACGUGUUGCACGAGUUCAGAAAACUGGGAGUGGCAAGUUUGAGGUGUGGUACAGCCAGACUGGAGACCAGACAAAGCUGAAGCUGACUGCUGAUGUGGUGAUCAUUGCAGCACCAAUUGAAUGGGCAGGUGUUGAGUUUGAAGGAUUUAGCCCCGCCAUCGUGCAGCCAAGACGCACGUGGGAACAACUGUUCUUCUACGUGUGUCACGUUGCCGCCAAGUCUAUCCGCCAGAGCUACUUUAAGACCACUUUGCCCUGGCCCAGUGAUCCCUUGUUAUUGGCUGCAACAUCAAAAACCAACCUUCCCUGGACCUGCAUAAGACACAAGGGCUUCAGCAACGGUUGCAACAUCUACAGUGUAUUCAGCUCAGUGGACAUCACUAAAGAUGGCCUCAUCGGUGAACUAUUUGAUGGAGUUCAAGACUUCAGCAGCAACAGGUUUGAUUACAUGCAUGUAUUGAGUACACCAGCCAGUGCGGAGGGUGAAUUCCAGGAUAUUAAGUUAGCUGAUGGGGUGUUUUAUCUCAAUGGGCUUGAGAGUGUAGCAUCACAAAUGGAAAUAGCUGUCAUCAGUGGACGUAAUGUCGCCAGGCUUGUUAGUCAGGAAUCCUCUCUUUAAAUAUCUGGGAAACGUUGUGGAAACAUUUUGACAAACGUAGCGUAAUUACUUCAUUGCGUGAAGAUCCUGGAGAACAUGUUGAGAAUACAACAACCAAAAAACAGUAUAAUUUAGCUGUGGAUAAACUUCUCAGCAACAUUUAGCUGUGAAAAAAACUCUUGGCAACAUAUCCCAGAUAUUUUUGGAAAUGAAUCCUAAUAUUUUAUAUGAUUUUUACAAUCAUUAUACUGAAAUAAGAAUCUGUAGAGGGUUAGGGUUAUCAUUUAAUGAUAAUCCUAUACUAUAACUGAAAUAAGAAUAGAGAGCACAGCCAGUGAUAAAUGGUAUUUAUAAUCAUACUGGUUGCUGAAAUAAGAAUGGAUUGUUGGGGUUAGGGUUAUCCAUUGAAUGAUGACCCUAUAAUAUAGCUGAAAUAAGAGUAGAUAGCACAGCCAGUGAUAAAUAUGGUAUUUGGGUCAUUCCACCGGGUUGGGAAGCAGUGCA